AUGGCUGCAGACGGCUUUGCACACGGACGGCUCCUAGAUGAGCUUGUGCGGCCGGUGAACGCCGUCGACCUCAAGAGCCCCCGCAACACGUCGGCCAUAUCAAAGCGUGAGGAAAACAGGUCCAAGCGGCGACAGCUCAAAAAGGAUGAGCCCUUGUCGAAACGAGGUCAAACACAGAGGCCCAGUGUCAGUCUCGUGGGCCUGGGGAAUCUCACGAUCGAGGCUUUGCAGUUCCUGCUCCAGCAGCCCAGGAACCGCCUGCUAAUCGAGGAGUCCCAUGAGUUGCAGGCUGGGACACAGAUGGGCAGAUACAUGGCAAUGCGCGGGUCUGAGCAGACGCUCUUUCAACUUCCAGCCAGCAGGGCUCCCGUGGGCUUUUUGCGGUACAACAGCUGGGCUCGCGCAGUUGCUGGGGCUACCUUUCGCGCUUGGAUGCAGCACCUGGUAAAGCUGCGGCAAGAGGGCAUCGGCCGGCGGAGGCGGAGGUCGUCCUCAGUGCUUAUCGUGAAAGAUUUGGCCACUUCACUCCAGACAGGCCUGGGAGAGCGAUUGGACUCCGAUUCUUCUGACUCCAGCGAUGGAGAAGGGGAGGUCGGGGAGUCGAUUUUUGAUCCGCUGGUAGUGGAUGCUGCAGCCUUGCACACUGCCUUUCGCACAGGCAGCCUCAUGACCAUCGUGAAAGCCAAGCAGUCAUCGCACAGAGAGGCUCACGCAGAGACCAAAGAGAAGUACAUCCUUCCAGACCUGGUGGGGAAGGAUUUGGGCCCCAGCGACUCCAAGACCACUGAAACCACUGCGUCGACAGAGCGGAAGGGCUCGAAGAGGCGCACUGCGAAGCCCUCCAAGGAAACCAUUGGUAACACGGCUCGCUGGGACGAGGAUUUUGGGAGCGCUGACGAGCGAAUGCGCCGCGAGCGCUUGAUGAACGAUGCCGAGUAUGUUGGUUUUCAGAUGGACAAGUUGCGGCGCACGAAGGUUGUUAACCGCCUCGCCCAAACCAGCGCACCGGACCUCUUCGAGGCUGCUGGGACCGGUCUUCAGAAAGGUGGGCCUCGGCGCCUGGGAAAGGACGGGGAAUCUGUCAGCCUUCCAAAUCUCGCCAGAGGGGCUGCGGAGGGUCGCAGCGGACGAGAAGGCGGAGCUGCAGGAAAGGCCGAUGCAUCCAAAACGAAGCGUGGUAGCAGCACGUUCUUCGACAAGGAUGAGAAAAAGCGAGGAGCAGACGUCACCAGCAGCUGCACGAUGACUCAGGUGCGUGACAUGAAGACGAUGAUGCAAAAGUCCACUGCGGACCUGACCAGGCCGAAGGUCGGCUCCGGGUCGGCGGCAGAGAAGGCGGAGAAUGCUUUCCGGACUGUCCGCAUUGCUUGA